GCAGGCCUUGAGGGAGGGCUCGGGUGUCAGCUCCGUGCCCUCCGCCCCCGCUGCCUGCUUCCUGGAGUGGUUGUCCAGCCAAGGCCGGGGUUCCCUCUCUGCUUGUGGUGCCCAUCUGGUGCACCCCACACAGCUGUCUGCUGCCAGCCAACCUCGGUGGGUACGGCAUGCUGGGUGCCGCGCUCCUGCUCCUCUUGCUGCCCGGGGCCUGCCCUGUGCCGGAUGGGCUGUUGGGUAUGUAGUGUGGGGCGCUUCGCCCUCGGCUCUGGCAUCCUUCAUCAGCUUGACCAUGUCUCCCUAUCUGACCUAAUGGGGAUGCCGGGGAUUGCCCCCAGUUUCUGUCUUCAGAGUAGCACCUACUCUAAAGUCCCCAGCAGCCACUAAGGGACAGAGACUGUGUGAGUGGGACCUUCUGUACCUGUGCUUUUCGGAUCUGGUUGACAUGGACCCCAGCUAAGGCCCUCUUGAAGGCUGACGUGCGCAUGUGCACGUGCAGUCGCUUAAGACUCGCCCUUUGCUAAUGCAGCCGCCCACAAUUGGGAGCAUGGACCCCCAACAAACUGAAAACCCUAUACCCUGGAAUCCACGGGACUCUGGCUGUGCACAGAAAAACCUCUGGGGUUGGCAUCCUGCUGUUCCCCCUUCCUGGAUGCCAGCGCCUGCGUCCCCUUAUCAAGGGAGCCUCCAAACCUGCAGUAAAUUUCUGGGCACAGCCUGGGCAGAGGCAGACCUUGUGGGCCACUCAGUCUCCCUGCUGCGCCCUGGGGCGCUCCUCAACUCCUUCCCAGGAUUAUUCUGCCUGCUCUGCAGGUGGAGAAAAAAGGUCAGAGAAGGCAAGGCACACCUGAGGGCUAGCAGCUAUGCGCCCGCCUUCCGCCGCUGGGCUGGCUGCGACCUCCGGGGGUCGCAGCCGCAGCCUGGUAGCUACCCAGUGGGGACGAAUCUGCCACCGGCUCUGUGUUCCAAUUUCCAGAGGAGCUGGCAGGGACAAGGAGGCCGGGCACUUUCCCGGAGGGCCGCGGGAAGCGCGUCCGCUCUCCUCUGAGCCAUCCUCUACCCACCCUGCCAGUACCCCCUUUCCCCGGGACGCCUGGGCCCUGGCUGCGCAGACCCCUUUUCCGUCUGGAGCUGUCGGAUGCGGAGGACGCCUUCCCGCGCCUUGGGGGCCCACUAGAGGUGCCCGCGGACAGCCGCGUGUUCGUGCAGGCGGCUCUGGCGCGGCCCUCCCCGGGCUGGGACCUGGCGCUGCACCGCUGCUCGGUGACGCCGUCCUCGCGUCCAGCACCCGGGCCCGCCCUGGUGCUGCUGCGCGGAGGCUGCCCCGCCGACGCCUCGGUCACCUUCCUGCCGCCGCCGCCGCCGCCGCUGCCGCUAAGCCCGGACAGCGCCCGCCCCGCGCGCUUCAGCUUCCGCCUGCGCCCGGUCUUCAAUGCGUCGGUGCAGUUCCUGCACUGCCAGCUGAGCCGCUGCCGCCGCCGCCUGGGAGCCGGCCAGAGGCCCGCGCCCCUCACCCCGCCGCCACCGCAUCCGUCUCGGGUACGCGAGAGAGAGGAGAUGAGAUCUGCACACCGAGGGCCCUGUUAGGCUGGACGCGGCGUCUUUGGCGGCGGGAAGAAUCUCCAGGGUCAAGAGAAGAUAUGGGGUCUCAGGCUGGGGUCAAGUGUUUGCCUCCGGUCGAGGCUUGCGCGGGAAACGGAGAGAGCCUCGGCACCAACGGCCCCCACCUGCACACGCUGACGCAGCCCAUCGUGGUCACCGUGCCGCAGCCGCUCCCCGGUACGCAGGCAGUGCUACCGCGCAAGAUGCCCUGGGGCCGGGGUGGGCAUCAGGAUCCGGGCUCCAGACUCAGCAUUGCUCUUCCCGGCACAGGGCCACCCAAGAGCCUCCCGGGAAAGGCAGUGCGCGCCCAGACGCCCGCGCCUGCGCCCGCGCCCGCAGCCCUGGGGCCCGCACCGGUAGUGGCACUGGUGCUGGCGGCCUUCGUGCUGGGAGCCGCGCUGGCCGCCGGGCUCAGCCUCGUGUGCGCGCACUCAGCGUCCCCGCCCCCUGGACAGCAGGCCAGGGCCUCGCCCAGCAGCCCCCAGCCUCGGAGGCCCCAGUGAGGCAGGUAAGGAAGGGGAAGUCUGGAGCAAGAGUUUAGGCGGCAGGUGAUGGUGAUGACUUCCCAGAGUUCACUCUCGUGCUAAACGAUGUUGCACACAUGUCAUUUAACCCUCCUACAACCAGACUGCUACAAUCCCCAGGGAAAGCGAGAAAAACAGAGGCUCUGAGUGUCCCUUGUCAAAAGUCAAAACAGGCAUGAUGGCAUAGGCCUAUGAUCCUAGUACUCGAGAGACUGAGGCAGGAGGAUUACCAAGAGUUUGAGGACAGCCUGGGCUACAUAUAGUAAGUUCAAAGCCAACUUGAACCACAUAGUGAGACCCUAUCUCAGAAAAAAAGAAAGUCGGGGCUGGGGAUUUAGCUCAGCGGCAUAAGCCCCUGCCUUGCAAGCAGGCAGUCGUGAGUUCGAUCCCUGGUACCGAUAAAAACGAAAAAGACGAAGGAAAAAAAAAAAAGUCAUAACAUUUGGUUGAAUGGGAUUCGAAGUCAGAGACCAGAAUCGGCCCCAGAGAUAGGUCUUCAAACCUUGGGCAGCACUAGGUGAGAUGGGGUUCAGACCCAUUUCUGACUCUCAUCCGGGCAAAGAUGGGGAGGAAAGAAGCCAAUGGGCGCUGAGAAGGCGGAGUCCUGCGUAGUAUCCCCUCCCUUCCCAGCAGGGGCACCCCCAGCCAGGGCUUCAGGACCAGGCCUGCCAGGACAGGGCUCUCUGUCACGCCUGGGACGCCUGGGACGCCAUGCUUCAGCAACAGGACCUCUGCCUUCCUUUCCACCAUCUCAUCUGGGCUCAAAAUAAACCUCUGGACUGCUCCUGCUAAA